CAUAUCUGCAUUCCUUUUCCGUUUUUUCUAAUUCUGAUUCUUAUUUUUCGGUUCAAACUUCAAAGAACGCGCACACACUCACAUUCCAAUUGGCAUUCCUUUUUUUCUUUUACUGUUCUUCAGCGGUGAAAUCUCAAAUCUCUUCAUUCUAAAAGUUCGGGUCUAGUUUUCUUUUUGGCAGAACUCGAGAGUGGAGACUCUGCUCGAAUUCAUAGCUAGUCUUCGAUUAUGGACUGAAAUCGCCAUCGGUUGGACGAAGUUCUUGUUCUAUUCCACUGGACGGCUUUUUUUCUGAAGUUCAGGAUCAUUGAUGAAACUUCUUAUAAGAAACAGGAUUUUGGGAGUUCCAAGUUCAUUCCCGAUCUUGUUGACUUCCCUACCAGCAACAAAGAGAGGAGGAAAAAGUCUCAGGAACUCCGCCUAGUGUGUAUAUGGAGGAUUUACUUUUUUGAUUCCGGGGAUGUCUGGUGUGGCCAAGGAUAGCGGGAACUCAGCUCCAUGGAAUAGUCUCUCAAGAUUUGCAGAUUCCAAAACAUACCAUGAGAAUAUUACAACUCUCCAAUUCAAUAUUUAAAAGUCGAGAAGACUUCUUUUUCAUUACUUUGCCUUCUUCCAGUUUGGUGUUAAUAGACAAUUUUCUUUUACCCCUUUAAAGAUAUUCAUCCAUUUGAUCUUGAGAUGGAAAUUGCCUUGUCCCUGAGAAGUGGUUAUUGAAGAAAGUUUGUAGGAAAAGCCAAAUCAGUGGGGAUGAGGAAUCAUCAGUUCAGGAAGUCAAUAAAAUCCUUGUUUGGGACUCAUAUUGCUCCUGAAAAAAAUGAGCAGCUGAAAGAGACUAAAGAAGAAAUGGAGAAUAAAGUGAAAAUGAUCUUGAAGCUUAUCCGAGAAGAAGGAGACAAAUUAGAGAAUUCCAACGAAGGGUCUGAACUUGUUGACCUCAUUGAGGAUUUCCAUAACCAAUACCAAUCCCUCUAUUCACUCUAUGAUCAUCUCACAGGGGAAUUAAGGAAGAAAGCUCAUUACAAAGAAGAAAACAAUGGCCACUCUUCAUCUAGUUCCAGCUCAGAUUCAGAAUCUGAUCUUUCUUCCAAGGAGAAAGUCAAGAAGGACUCAAUACAAGAUGGGCUUCAAAAUCUGCCAGAGAGCAGUACACAAGAACUUGAAUCUCUGAAUAACGAAAUAGCUGUCCUGAAGCAUAGAUUGACAGAUACACUUGAAGAGAAGGAAGAUUUAAACUUUAAAUAUCAGACUGCUUUGAGAAAAGUUCAAGAAGGAGAGAAAGUCAUAGAAGAUCUUAGAAUUGAAGUUGAACACUCAAAUGAUGAGAGGUUAACAUUACAGACUGAGAAUGGAGGCCUGAAGCUAAAGUUGGAGUCUGCCAGUAAGUUAGAAUCUGAUCUGAAGCAAAGGUUGGAAGAUUUGAACAGAGAGAAUGAAGCCUUGAACAGGGAAAAUUUGACAGCUUUCAAAAGGGUUGAUGAGGGGGAGAAAAUUAUAGAAGGCCUAAGGGCUGAAGCUGAUCAAUUGAAAGAAGAGAAAUCAAAACUUUGGGUUGACAAUGGAGCUCUAAAACUUGAACUGGAAUCUGAGAAAGGGGAGGUUUCUAACAUUAAGCAACAACUGGAAUUUGCAAAUCAGAAAGUAAUUGAAUUAGACCAGGAAAUGGACAUUAUACAUAAAGAGAAUAAACAACUGGCUUCAGAGAACACAGAACUUUCAACUGAGUUUGAGAAAGCACAGAAAAGAAUACAGGAGCUUGAAGAAGAAGCUAACAGGUUAAAGGAGAUUUCUGAAGCAAACAAAGUUGAGCUUUCAAAUCUUGUGAUGGCACGUGAAAAUUUUGAGAAUGAAGCUUCAGCUCAAGCAAAGAGCUUUGAGACUCAGUUGGCCAACUUACAAUUGGAGCUGGAUUCUUUACUUAUCCAGAAAACAGAACUACAAGAGCAAUUUGAACACAAAGUGAAUGAAGCUAAACAGUUGGAGAAGGGAAAAAGAGAAUUGCUGCAGGUUCAAACUGACCUGCAAGAACAAAUACUAGAAUUGGAUAGAAUAUCCAGAGAAAGAGGAGAUGAAAUUUCUUCUCUCCUGAAGAAACUUCAGGAUGUCAAUAAUGAUGCAUCAACUCAAGUAGAGGAGUUAAAAGCAAAGAUCAAUGAUCUACAACUGGAGGUGGACUCUUUAAGUGCACAGACGAGUGAACUGCAAAAAGAAAAUAAACAGUUGACAGAGGAACUUCAGGAAGGAAAUGAUAAAGCAUCUACAGAGAUAAAGUGCUUGAUGGAUCAGGUCAAUGAUCUGAAACUGGAACUGGACUCUUUACAAGCCCAGAAAAAAGAGUUAGAUUCACAGUUGGACAGACAAAAGCAAGAUGCUUUGAAGUUCCGGACAGAAAUAGAAAAUCUGAACAUUGAAUUAGAAAACAAGUCCAGGGAUCAAGUGGGAUUGUUCAAAGAGAAGGAAAAUUUGACAGUUCAGGUACAUGAAAUGCAACUAGAGAUUCAUUCUCUGUUGGCACAGAAAUCUAAACUGGAAGAACAGAUCGGAAAUAAAAGCCAUGAAGUUGAGAAGGUUGGAGAGGAAAACCAGGCAUUGCUUCUAAUUCAGACUGACUUGCAAAAUCAGGCACAAGAUCUGCAGAGAAUAUUAAAAGAGAAGGAACUUGAACUCUCCAUACUCCUGAAAAAAAUGGAGGAUGUAAAGAAUGAAACAUCGGCUCAGAUAGGGGAGUUAACAGCCAAGGUUAACAGUCUGCAACUGGAGGCGAAUUCUUUAAGUGAUCACAAAAGCGAACUGAAUGAGGAAAAUAAGCAGCUGAGAGACAGAAAUGAUGAAGCCUCUAUUCAGAUCAAGAGCUUAAUGGAUCAGGUCAAUGAUUUGCAACUGGAAGUGGACUCCUUGAAGACCCAGAAAAACCAGUUUGAAUUGCAAAUAGAGAGGCAAAAUCAGGAAGCCUUACAAUUUCAGAAUCAAAUAGAAAAUCUGAACCUUGAUUUAGAGAACAAGACUCGGUACCAACAGACAUUGUUGAAAGAGAAGGAGGAAUUGACAGCCCAGAUACAUGACAUGCAACUGGAAUUUCAUUCUUUGUUUGAACAGAAAAAUGAACUGGAAGAGAAGAUCAAAAGUAUAAAUCUUGAAGCUGAGCAGGUCAGAGAGGAAAACCAGGGGUUGCAGCUAUCCCAAACAGACAUGCAGAAUGAAGUAUCAGAUCUGAAGAGAAUAUUUACAGAAAGAGGAGAUGAACUCUCCACUCUUUUGGAGAAACUGAAAGAAGGUGAAGAUAAAUUCAUCAAGUUAAAUGAAGAAUAUAAACAGCUAGAAGAUCUGUUUGAGAAGUCCAAGGAGAAUUUCCAUGUUGCAGAAAAGAAGAUCGAAGAAAUGAGAGAGUUGCUUCAGGGUAACGUUGAAUCUAAAAAUGAGAUGGCUUCUACCAUGCAAAGGGCUGCUGAUGAGUUGAAAAAUGAAAUAGAAAUUGGAAGGAAAGAGAUUGAGAAGAUGAGAAUGGAGUUAGAAGAGAAAAGUCGCCUUCUGUCAUGGAAGGAUGAAACAAUUGCAACAUUGCAGAAAAUACAAGAGGAACAGCAUGGGGAGAUCACAAAAUUACAGACAGAGGUUGAAACCAUUGAAGUUAAGCACCGCUUGUCCAACCAGAAGCUCCGUGUCACAGAACAAUUACUCACAGAAAAAGAAGAGAGCUACAUGAAGGCAGAAGAGAAGUUUCGGGAGGAACAUAAGGUACUUGAAGAACAGAUUGCAAAGUUCUCCAAGAAGAUCCUAUCCUAUGAAAAUGAGAUGAUGGGUAUCAAGAAUUCAUUGCAAAAAGCAAGCAGUACAUUCUCCGGAUUGGAGUUGGUGGUGCAGAAAUUUCAGGAGAAUCACUUGUCCUUCCAAAACCGCAUCCUGGGUUUUUCAAAUGAACUUCAGAUAGCGAAGAACUGGGUCUUUGAGACAAACAUCAAGAGCGGAAAAUUGGAAGAGACAACGAGGAAUCUAGUUGAGCAGCUAGAAAGUAAGAAAGAACAAGAGUUGCUAUUACAAGAGAGGGUUGGAACCUUAGAAUUGAAAGUGAGCAAGGGCGAAGAAGAGAAGGAGAGACUGACAAAAAUCGUUGACCACCUUGAGGAGAGGGUUGGGGAGUUGGACAAGAUGGUGAAAGACAAGGAGUAUGACAUGUUGAGUAUGCAGGAAGAGAAGAAAGAGGCCAUAAGACAGUUGUGUUUGUGUGUGGAUUAUCAGCACGAGCGUUGCAAUCAACUUAGGGAAUUGCUCUCCAAGAUGAUGGUGAGAAACCAGAGGAGAGCUUGAAACUUUGUUUCUUUUACUAGCAUUUGAUUUGAUAUAGAUUGCCAUAAAGUUAUUCACAAUUGGUUCAUUUUUUGUCCCACGAGGAUGGUGGUUUCUCUGAUUGAACUUUUUGUAAGCACAUUAUUCAAUCGAACAUUAUUGGCGGGCGGAGUGGUAAUCCAGUGAGCGCGCUCUCAUUGGUACGUAUUUAUUGGCACUUUUUUUUUCCGGAAAAUUACGGACAGUUCAAAUGCAAA